AGCUGGAGCUUAGUGAUAUAUAAAAAUAAAAGCAUCAAAAACAGAAACGAGAUGAUCUGCUGCCCGAGAGCGACAUCCCUGCUGCAGUGGUGGUGUAUUUUUAUACUCUACACACAACGCACCGAUUGUGCAUCGUUCUUCUCAAAUGCCGAACCAGCAACGGCUGCGGGUGUGUUAUCGCUGUGCGGCGAGAGCGGAGAAACCAGCGAGCAGUACGUUAGCGAUAAGGGUCCGACGUCCAGCGUGUUGCUAGCCCUGCGCCCGGAACACGGCAAAGCGUCACCGUCCACGGCCACUUCCUGCAAACGGCAGUACCGGGCACCCGAUGCGUACAACUUCUUCGUGCGAAUGCAGCGCGUUCCAGCCGUGGGUUCGCGCAGUUCCGCCAGCAGAAAGUACAACGGCAACAAGUCGAGCAACAGCACCCAUAGCUGCCCGCUCACGAUUUCCCAAUCGGCCAACGGUGAAGUGUUGCCCUCGUGGCGGCUGGAUCCAUGCCUGCUGGAAACGUCCGGCACGCAGGAAGAACCGAUGCGGCUGAUGCAGGGCAAGCUGAACAUUGUCUGGAAUCACGAUGGCAAUGCGCCCAACUAUCGCCUCCAGAUCACGGUUGUGGGCCAGGGUGCGGUUUGCCUCGAACGCGACAAGCAUUCCUGUCUGGAGUAUGUCGGCAUGCCGUUGCUGUGCAUUGCCCGGGAGCUCGUUUGUGACGGACUGCCCAACUGUCCACCGCUCGGAACGGAGGUCAGUGACGAGAACGAGGCGAUGUGUGCCAAGCACCGGCAGCAGGAAUAUUCGGAAAAUCCCGUCCAAUCGGUAUUUCGUCAGUACAUCCAAAACACGAUCAAGUCAUUCUUUGGCGGCGAACCGAAGGAGCUACCGUCGAAACCUGCCUUCGGUGAGGUGGACAUUGGGCUGGAGCAAAAGUUUGGUGCCAUGUACCCACCGGUUUCUUCACCGUUUCCACCGCCGGCAACCGAACCAACGGUGGUGCCGCCCAAAAAGCACCGCAGCAGCCUAACCGGGCUGUCCAAAUAUGGCCCAUGGGGUUAUCUGUUCCUCGGUAUGCUCAUAUGCGGUGGUGCAUUGCUAAUUUGCGGUCUCUGGGAGUGCUGUUGCCGAUCGCACAAACCGGAAACCGAAAGUACGGACGAUUCGAUACAGGAUCAGGUGCCGUCAUUUCUGCAAACAUCACCGCCGACCGAUACCGGUCGGCAGGGAAUGGCCGCCGGGGACAGUCCCGCCACCCACAAUCUACCUCACUACGGAGAGCUUGAUCCACCGCCCGCAUAUUCGGUGCUGUUUCCCACCCAGAAACCGUCCGAUGGUGGUAACGAGUUACCGGUGACUGCCGAGACCGCACAAACCAACAGUCCUAGCAUUAGCGAUAGCAAUAACAGCCGAGAUGGCAGCGAUGGACAUUCACGGGUAGCGGAUGAGGAAGGUUUGGAGGUGGCCGGUGAAGCACCACCGGUUCCACUUUCAUCCACAUCCGUUCCCUAG